UCGAGUUCAAUAAUAUAUUUGGGAGAUCAUUUAUGUGCUCUCACUAAUAACAUAAUUAGCCGAGUAGCCUUAGGGAGGACAUAUAAUGAAAGGGAAAGUGGAAUAGAUGCAAAGGCCAUCCUAGCAGAAUUUGUUGAACUUGUAGGUUGUUUUAACGUUGGGGAUUAUAUUCCGUGGCUUAAAUGGAUCAAUAAAAUCACUGGUUUGGACACCAAAGUGGAGAAAGUAGCUAAAAAGUUGGAUACAUUUUUAGAGAGUGUGAUUGAAGAACACAUUAUUAGGAACAAGAAAAGAAAAUACCGCACAGGUGAACCUAAAGACUUCGUGGACAUUUUGCUAGAAAUUCAAAAUGGAAAGGAAACUGGCUUUCCUCUUCAAAGGGAUUCAUUGAAAGCUAUCCUCUUGGAUUCGUUUGCUGCUGGCACGGAUACAACAUAUACAACUCUAGAUUGGACAAUGGCAGAGCUUUUGAGGCAGCCAAGAACCAUGGAAACAUUACAGAAUGAAGUGCGACAAUUAGCUCAAGGAAAAUCGGAGAUAACAGAGGAUGAUCUAAAAUAUAUGCAGUAUCUGAAAGCAGCAAUCAAGGAAAGCCUCAGGCUUCAUCCAGCAAUUCCACUACUACUUCCUCGAGAAUCAAUGGAAGACGUGAAAUUGUUAGGCUAUUAUCACAUUCCUGCCCAAACUCAAGCCAUUGUUAAUGCUUGGGCUAUCGGAAGAGACCCGUUAUUGUGGGGAAAUCCAGAGGAGUAUCGGCCAGAGAGAUUCUUAAAUAGUGAUAUUCAUGAUGUCAAAGGACUAAACUGUGAGUUCAUUCCCUUCGGAGCUGGUAGAAGGGGCUGCCCAGGAAGUAGUUUUGCUAUUGCAGUAAUUGACCUAGCAGUAGCGAAGCUUGUGCAUAAGUUUAAUUUUGCAUUACCAGAAGGGUUAAAACCGGAGGAUAUGGAUAUGACUGAAAGCACCGGCAUAACUACUCGUAGGAAAUCACCUUUGCUAGUUGUGGCCACUCCAUGUACUUAAGAGUUUAUUACUCCAUUUCUUACUAUCUGGAUCACAGAUCUUAUUCACCAAUAUUAUCAAUGAAACCUAGUUCCCAG